AUGCAAUCUCCUGUUCGCGAUGCAACGUUCACUAUUAAGAUGGGAGAUACCUAUGACUAUAACAUCUUACAAGAAGACCCUAGUCAAGUUCACAACGAAUUCCGAACUUAUAUUACUGACAUCGCCAAUGAGCUGAAGCAGUCUAAGGAUACCGAAGCCAUCAUUGAUGAACACCUUACUACCGAACUUGCUCGUAUGGUCUAUGGGUCUAAUAUGAUCGAAGUUGCUGGUAGCGGGUUUGAUAUCACAGUCAAGCUAUGCAAAGCCGUCUUUCGCGGCGAGGAGAUUCCAACAGUCAUUGAUGAACGCGACAAUGAGUACCAGGAGCUCAGACAAUAUCUUCUGGAAAAAAACUUGCCCUGUGGGCAUAAAGCAAUUAUGCGAAGCCGACGCAAAAUUGUUCAACAUGCCGAAGCAGCAAGGUUUAUGAUCGAGGAAGUUUGCAUCAAAGGAGAGACAUUAACUACAUCCAUCAUCUGCCAGGCCCACCGCUUCCUAACAUGGAGGAUCGAUCUCGCCGACGACAUACCUUGGACUGAGUACUGCGGAAGAUACCGAACUUGGGAUGUACAAUGUGGUCAGCAUGUCUUUGUGUCGCAUUCGGAGGUCGGUCUCGCGAUGAGCAGACUAAUUGAGUCACUUGACGCCGAUAUCAAAGCAGCAACAGAUCAAGGAGAAAUUGAUCCUGUGCUUAUUGCCAGCAAGUAUUGCCAUGAGUUUGUUAAUAUCCAUCCUUUUGCAGAUGGGAAUGGCCGAAUGUGUCGUCUUAUCCUCAAUACUUUCCUCCUUAAAUACAGCGGCGGGAUUAUCUGUAUAGGACAGGAUGGCAAUGAUAGGGCAGAGUAUCUACGCAUUGCAGUAGAGGCCAGUGCUAUGGAGGCUUCAUCUAAGCAUAAUUCUACAGAAGCAAAGCCAAAGAACUAUAUACCACUUGCAUCUUUUACGCUUCGACAUGCUCGCGAUAGCAUGCGUAAGGUCCGACAGCUUCUUAAACGGUCGUAG